GCGGCUAACAACCCAAGAGAAACCGAUACAGGUCCACACUCCCGAGACUGAACCUUCUCUCGUAUGGAUUCUGCUCGAAUCAAAAUUAUCAUUUAAAACCCUCCUUCCGUCUGCCUGAUCAAACUUGUGCAUUUCAGUAAUCUGUUGUUUCUAUGGAUUUUGAUGAGUAUGAAUAUCUGGAGAGAACAGUGGAAGAUCCUGAAUCUCAAAAUUUGAAAGGGAUAGAACAGGGAGGUGAAGACAAUAUUGAAUCAAAAGAGACAGAUGGUAAAAAGGUUUCACAGCACAAACUUUAUGACAGUGACGAUGAAUUGGAAUAUCGAUCUAAACAUUCAAGGUCAGUGGAUGUGUCUCGUGAUCAUAACAAGAAGAGGCGCUCAGCUCAAUAUUCAUCUUCAACAGAAAAUAUUGAUAAGAAUAGGCACAGAAGUAACAGAGAACAUGGGGACAGGGAGGGUGAUAGAAAGGAUAGAGAUAGAAGAGCACGUGAACGUGUGCAUGGAAGAGAGAAAAAGGGGGAAAGGGAACGAGAGAAUUUGAAUCGGAGCAGAACCUACUCAGAAAGACACAGGGACAGACGUGGCAGGGCAAGAAGUCCCGAUAGGGAGAUGAGUAAGGAUAGGGAGUAUAAAGAAAAGAAUACAGGAAGUGAAUUAAGAGAAAGAGAUCGACAGGGAAGGAGAUAUAGGGAGAAAAAGGAAGAAGUGUCUGAACUAGAGGUUGAUCCUGAACGAGAUCAACGAACAGUUUUUGCAUAUCAGCUCCAUUUGAAGGCAGAUGAAAAAGAUGUCUAUGAUUUUUUCUGUAAAGCUGGAAAGGUUAGGGAUGUACGUCUAAUAAUGGACCGCAUCACUGGGCGCUCCAAGGGUGUUGGUUACAUUGAAUUUUAUGAUGUCAUGUCAGUCCCCAUGGCAAUAGCACUGUCUGGGCAGCCACUUCUUGGGCUACCAGUGAUGGUUAAACCAUCAGAAGCUGAGAAGAACCUUGUUCAGUCCAGUGCAUCCACAACUACAGGGGAAGGUGCAGCGGGUGCUAGAAAACUAUAUGUUGGCAAUCUGCAUUUCAGUCUGAAGGAGGACCAGCUUCAUCAGGUGUUUGAGCCUUUUGGUGAUAUUGAACUAGUGCAUAUGCCUAUUGACUCUGUGACUGGACUUUGCAAAGGUUUUGGUUUUGUUCAAUUUGCCCGCCUAGAAGAUGCUAGAGCUGCAACAAGUUUAGAUGGAAAACUGGAAAUUGCAGGUCAAGUAAUUAAGGUCUCAGCUGUUACAGAUCAAACUGGAAUGGCAGAUGUUGGUUCAAAUGCUGGUGAUUUGGAUGGUGAUGAAGCUGGUGGCUUGUCUUUGGACGCACACUCUCGAGUACUUCUCAUGAGGAAACUAGAUCACACUGGUACCACAAUGAGCAUCAGUGGUGUGGUUGAUCUUCUUAAUGGAUCUGAUCCUCCACCAAGUGCAUCAAAUCUUGGUCUCUUUCCUGCAGGUUCUCUCCUUAUCCCUCCUCUUGCACAGGCUCCUAUUUCUGCAGUUGCAGAGUUGCCUAGUUCAGUUGCCUCCAUUCCUGCGGUUACUCUCUCUAUGAUCAUUGGUGUUCCCAGUGAAUGUUUAUUGCUUAAGAAUAUGUUUGAUCCAAAGCUGGAGAGAGAACCAAACUUUGAUCUGGAUAUUAAAGAAGAUGUUGAAGAUGAAUGUUUGAAGUUUGGUACAUUAAAGCAUAUCUAUGUGGACAAGAAUAGUUCUGGCUUUGUGUACUUGCGGUUUGAAAAUACUCAAGCAGCUAUGAAUGCUCAACGUGCACUCCAUGGGAGGUGGUUUGCUGGGAAAAUGAUUACUGCAACAUAUAUGGAUCUCCAGAGUUAUGAAGCUAAGUUUCCUGAGAGCAGAUAAAGGUUGAAGAUGCAAAUCCUACUAAUAUUGCUGAUUGCUUCACUGAUAGAAACAUCAAGUUAUUUAGUUAUGCCCGUUACCACUUAUGUUGUGCUCGGAUAACAAAUGAAAUCUGUCUUUUGAUGAUACAACGCUAAAUAAACUUCAGAAACAUUAAAUGGUUGCUAGCAAUUCUUAUGUAGUUGCUAUCGUUGUUUGUUAUUGUGGGCUACAUGUGCUGGAGCAUGGUAAAAUGGCUCAUUUGGCAACAGUGGUCAGUUUGUAUAGCUUUAUUGCUUCUUGUUGCUGAAAUGAACAGGUUAACAAUGUUAUAAUGUAAAGACUAUUAUUUUUAUUUGUCA